CGGAGGGGAAGGCGCAGCUCGAGCCUCUGACUUUACUACGAAGGUGAAGCGCAGCCAAGGCAAUGGAGAGGUACCGCGUCAAAAUGCUCGUGUAAUGUUUGAAGAAAAGUAAGAUGCCCAGUUUAGUGUCAUGCCUUGGCGAUCUAAUAGUCACUGGAAUCAUCAUCCUGUUCUCUGACCACGUCCAGUCAGAGAUAUGGACCAAUGAAGUUUCAGACGUCCAGUUCAGUGGAUUGGGCUCCACGGUCACACUCAUAUGCGGAGGCGCUCACGGCGGGUCUCCAGUGGAAUGGCGGUUCAAUGGGAGCUCAGUACCGCUGUGGCAAACACACAAGGGCUCGCUUACGCUACUGAGCACCACACACUCGAUGGAAGGCAACUACAGCUGCCAUGAUGAACGAGGAACUUUACUGCAGUCCAUCAAACUACGCCUGGGAUAUCCACCUCAUUUUGUCAGAGUUUCUUGUCGUAUGCCGAAUCAUAUGAACAUCUACUGCUCCUGGGUACAAACUAAGACAACACACCUGCCCACAUUAUACAGAACCUCCUACAGUGGUAAGGGCAUAGAUAUGGAGCCCUGCGAGCAGGAGCAGAUCGGGGUGAAUGAAUGUAUGAUUACUAACCCACCAUUCUGGACCUCAAAGUUCCUGGUGAACAUCACCGAAAUCAACCCGCUGGGAUCCAACUCCACCAUCCUCCAGAUAGAUGCUCAUGAACUCUUGAAGCCAGAUCCUCCCGAGGACGUCCAAGUUCAUCAGGUGGAGGGUCAGCCCACUCAGUUACUGGUCCAGUGGAGUUGUCCUUCAUCCUGGCCGGUUGAAGUCAUGCACGCUUUCCCCUUGACAUUCUUACUGCGCUACCGGCCGAUCGGCUCCAACUACUGGUCAAGGCUGGAGACAGAAGAGAACACAAGCCUGAAGAUCAUGGAUGCUCUAGUGGGUCACCUGCAUCAGAUCCAGAUCAGAGCCCAGGACGCCCUGAUCAACCACAGCCAGUGGAGUGAGUGGAGUCAUGUGGUGGAGGCCCAGCCGUGGAUCGAGCCUUUGAAAGAGCCAACAGAGGAACCGGUGGAUUUUAGCUUUCCAUUUUUCAACUCAUUUCCAGUGAGGACCACAGACAAGUCUCCAGAUUCAUCGUUACACCAGACUGGAAGCCUCGGACUGUUGAUUUUGUUGGGUCUGUUUGCAGCGGUCAUGGUGUCUGUGUUAUUAACCAUCAUCACACUUCUAUGGGUCAGACAGAGAAAACAGGAAAAUGUGAAGAAAGAAGAACUGGCUUCCAUGGUGAAGAUGAAGUCCAUAGCGAUCUAAAGUUUGAGAAGAAGGAUGUCUUCAGUUCGGCCCUCAUAGGGCAUCAGUUUAGGGAAUCAUCACCACUGACAGACUCCAUUACCCACAAUCCACCUCUCCUCUCAGCCUCUCAGAGGAUGGGCUCUAAAUGGCAAGAACUGUGAACAUGUACAGUCUCCAAUGUAGCACAAUGCAAUGGAAGAAACACAAGGAUUUCCUUCCUCCUUUACUUUUCUCUGCUCACAGCAAAGUCUUGGACAAUGAAAAACAUGUUUUUGCAUUACUCUCUCUUCCCAAUAUUCCCCGCACUCCACUGGACUCCACUUCUGACACGAACAGUGCUGUGAAAAGGCUCAGCAUUUGGCCGGAUGUGCGCAGCAUACGGGGCAUUAUGGAGAAAGUGGUGUUUUCAGGCCUCAAUCCGUACGUAACCUUCAGACAGCUGCUAUCUUUGGCGCUCCGGCGAUGGACGCGGUGUUCUUUCUGUGGAGAGACAAAGCAAGAUUUCUUCUCUGCGCUCAUAACAGGUGGAAACAUCUGCAGUUGACUGGCUUCGUCUGGUUAGUUUCCAGCCAGAUGUAGCAUCUAAAGCAUCAGGUUCUCAGAAAUAAACUCCCGUAAAAUGCAUUUCAUCGUGACUUCAGCUUCAGAGUUCAUGUCUUGACCGUAAACGCCAGCGAGGGUUACAAACACGCAACUUUCUGGCGUUAAACAAAACUGGACUUCAAUGCAAUAAAUGCAUUUCAUUUCUCUUGACUUUUUUGGCAUGUUGUCUGCAUUGAAUCGAGACAUGAAUGUAAAUCAGUCUUACGGUGUCACAUAUACACAUUUGUAAGGUGAUUAAAGCUGAUAGUUUCUUUGUUGAAGCUAAUAGAUAUUCACAAUAUAAAAUUCUAUUGAUGCUCAUUUAUAAAAUGAGAUUGUUAUACAUUUAUGCAGUUAUAUUGUAUGAUAGUUUGUAUACAGCAUACUGUUCUGUUGUACGUUGCUCUCCAGUGACAUAAAGCUCAGUGCAUGCGUUUUUGUA